AUGCCAGAAGAAUCGUUUUACGAAGUUACAUUGGCCGCCGAAAAUAGUGCUGCGUCGUGGGAUGUUCCUUUAAAUAGCGAGGAUUACCCUAGAGGUCAAAAACUGGUAAUUAGACAAGUUUUACUGGGUGCCAAAGCUAAGGAAUAUGAAUUCAUUGUUGUCGAGGUAUGCCGAAAUAUCGACGGCAAGCAAGUACUUUGUGAUCCAAGUCUUCUCAUGCUCUUUUAAAAUAGUAGGCAAUCAAGCAGGCGGAAUAUUUCUAAAUGAUCUAAAGGUACAAUUUCUGAUUGAUGACGUAUCUCAU